AUGUCAAAUUCUUAUCACCUCGAAAAUCGUGUUGCUAUUGUAACAGGAGCUGACAGUGGCAUUGGUCAAGGAAUUGCUGUCUUAUUUGCAAAAUCGGGUGCCGAUGUUGUGGUUACUUAUCGUUCGGAUGAAAAGGGGGCACAAGAGACGAGAAAACAAAUUGAAGAAGCUGGAAGAAAAGCAUUAGUAUUACACUGUGAUGUUGGCGAUGAAAAACAAGUUCAAGAGUUAUUUGAUAAAACGUUAGAAAAAUUCAAACGAUUAGAUAUACUCGUCAACAAUGCGGGUACAAUGGGAAAUGGUAAACCAUUUUAUGAGCAGACUUUCGAAGAUUGGGAAAAAGUGAUUCGUACAAAUUUACAUGGCCCAUUUCUGUGUUCAAAAUUAGCCGCUCAACAAUUUAUUAAACAAAUCAAAGCGGAAGGAAAACAAGAAACAGAACAACGAGGAACACAUCCAAGCGGAAAUAUUAUCAAUAUUUCAAGUGUUCAUGAAGAUUCACCUGGUUUUCCUAUGUAUGAAACGGCUUACGGCGUUUCAAAAGGCGGUUUACGAAAUUUAACCCGUGCCAUGUCACUGGAAUUAGCUGAAUACGGUAUACGUGUAAACGAUGUGGCUCCAGGGCUUAUUCUAACGCCAAUGAACCAAGAAGCUAAAGAUGAUCCAAAAAAACGUAAAGAAAAAGAAGCAUUAAUACCAUUGAGACGUAGCGGCGUUCCUAAAGAUAUUGCCACGAUGGUUACAUGGUUAUGUUCAGAUGAUGCAAGUUAUUGUACAGGACAAACAUUUUUUGUUGACGGUGGAUGGAUGUUAUCUCGACCUGAAGUUUAA